AUGGUGACUUCGCGCAUAUCAUUAGAAGGGCUUUUGCAAAAUAGACUGACUACGGACAUUUGCAAGGACACUUUAAGGAUGCAAGGAAACGCAGCGGAAUUAUUUAAUUUAUAUACGGGAAAACAUCACGCAGACGACACGUCAUCGUCGUCGUGUGGCGCAGAGAUGAUGACCACCAUGACAAUCAAGCGGGAAGCGCACACGCCGACCACCGACCAGAGCGAAGACUCCGGAGUGGACGUGUCAGCAGUGGCUGAUAGCCACGACGGCCGUGGGCCAUUCAAACGAAAACGAUUGGACGACUCUGACGAUGGGGACGGGUGUCCGACCGCAGCCAAAUCCAGCAGGACGACUGAUGCUGCCGCGGUUGCAGCCAGCGUACUGCGGUCGAUCAACAUGGACACCUGUCCUCCGUUCAGACCAUGGAGCUGCAGCGACGAGUCGUCGUCGGACGUGGGCCUCCGGCUGUUCCACGACAUACGUAAUGUGGACAGGAUACUGACACUGACGCAGCAACGCCGCGGCGAACAGUCCCCGUUGCCGCCGCCGCCAGAACCGCAACCCUUGGACCUGACAAAAGGCCAUCGCCCCGCUACGAGACCAGCCGACGACGCCACCGCCUCAGCUUUGGACACGACCACCGCUGACGCCGAGAGCGCCGCCGAAUACGCCACACCGUCGGCGGCGGCGGCGUCGUCGUUCCCAUGUACCGUCGCAGAAGCGGCCGCCGGAGCGUUGACCACCACGGCUACGACCAGGUACAGCAAAAACAUGUCCCGUGCCCGGAGGAUCGAGGCGAACGCCCGGGAAAGGUCUCGGGUGCACACCAUCAGCGCAGCAUUCGACACGCUCAGGGCCACCAUACCGUCGUACUCCCGGAACCAGAAGCUGUCCAAACUGUCGACGAUCCGCAUAGCCAGCGCUUACAUACUGACGCUGUCCCGACUGCUGGACAUGGACUACAGUGCUGAGCAAGACAGUCCGUCCGUGGCCGAGUGCGUGGACAACGUCACGGGAAUCAUACACAUGGAGGGCAAGGCGAGAAAGAGAAAAGACGAUCAGUAA